GCCUCCGAUGUGAAGGGAAUACGUCAAUAUGAGGCACAUCAUGUGGAUACCCGGGCUCAUCCUUCUGAGCGGAAUUAGUUCAUUCGAGGCCAGUGGAAGAGACACCUUCACAACAUUCAACGAUUCCACACAAGGUGCAACAAUGUUUCCCUCAACUGAUGGCAACGUCUACCAAUAUGAUCACAGUAUACCCUCAGAUUCUACCUUGUCGGAUGGAACACUGACCUUAAUAACAGAGAUGAUGACUACCAUGGAAGCAGAAUCUGCACUGAUCGAUACCAUGGGCGAUCGGGCCAUUGGUUGGUCCUGGUACCCUGUCACGUGGUCAUGGUGGACCAUAAUGCAGCUGGUUUCCGCCAUUGCCGGUAUCCUCGGUAACGGCCUUGUGAUACUGGUCCUCUUCCAGCGGAGAAAGAAGAGUCGUUCAACGGAUACCUUGGUGAGUGCACUGGCCGUAGCUGACUUCCUGACAUCCGUUGUGAUUCUCCCGGUUCCUCAAGCGGCCACAUUUCCCUCUACAUUCCUUGGCGAGUUCUACUGCAGGGUUCUGUCUUUGAACGGCCUGAUGUGGUUCUUCGUCCUUGGUUCAAUCUACACGUUAGUGGCCAUUUCCAUCGAACGAUACAUAGCUAUUAUCUAUCCUAUAUAUUUCAAACGUGCCGUCACUCGCCGCAGGAUUUCCGUAGCCAUUGUUCUCAUCUGGGUCGUCACAAUCCUCUGCAGCAUAUUUGUAUAUUUCAUCUUCAAGGUGGAUGGCACUUCCGGUCGUUGCGUCCUGAACCAUCCCAUCCCCGAGGGCUUCUACAUAUCGGGUGCCUUCUUGUUUGUAAUCCGCCUGGUCUUUCCGACAACCACCAUGUUGGUGACCCAGGUCAUUAUUGCCAGAAAGCUUUACCACCAAUCGCUUCUCUUUAGGAAAGAUGAUGAAUCGACGUUCCACACCAAAGCCAGACGUCGCGUCGUCAAAACCAUGGCAAUUGUCAUUACGAUCUACAUCAUCUGCUGGAGUCCAAGCCAAACAGCGUUUAUUUUAUUCAGUUUUGGCGUGUUACCACGGUCAUUUCGAGGUACCAGUUGGUACUACAUAACCAAUACCAUGGGGUUCUUUAACUCCUGUUUGAAUCCUAUUAUCUAUGCGGCACGCUUUAAAGAGUUUCGUGUGGCUGUGAAGCAGAUGAUAACCUGCCAGUCGGCCAACAGAGCCCCGAUAUUUGAUCAGGAAACUCCGAGCACGCCCGGAAAGACUGACACGGCUCAACAAGCUUAGAGAAGUGGAAGAAUACGCAUCCGGACGAUUUUAGCAGCGUAUGUUGAUACCAAAAUACCCACUUGAUAUAUACCCACUUUUUAUUAUAUUACCUAACAAAUUAAUACACCGAUGCGUAUAAUCUUUGAAUCACAUGUAAUAAAUUAUAUCACAUUAAUGAAAUUAUGGACUAACAAAAAUAACAAUUUUAAUGCGAUUUUUUUCAAAUGACUUUUAUUAGUAUCAGUGUUAAUUGUUUAAAAUAUACAUGACAUAAGCAAUCUGUUUACUAAUAUGUUUACUAAUCUAGACCUGUUAAUGAACAAAUUAACAUUUUCAUGGGGAUGGAAGUGAAAUCUAAAGUAACAUCAAAAUGUUAUAUUUUACCUCGUUGGCAUGAUUUUGUUUUUAUAGUAGGCCAAAUGCUUAAUCGUUUUUCCUCGCAUUUUGAAGAACUAUUGCUGAAAUCGAUAACCACUGAAAUAAGCAGAUGCUUGAUAAAAGUGUUCAUCAGGUUUAACUUUCACACAUGUUUUCGGUUAAGAUCGCAUUAACGUGACUACCAACGAACAUAGAGGACGUCAACACUUUGUGCAGCCAGAGUUAUUAAUAGAUAAUGUUUUAAUGUUUAUUAUUUCACUAAUCUAAUCUGUUUGCAGCUUUGCAGCUUGUGUUGCUGCCACGAACCUAAUUAAAACAGGAAGGCAAAAGAUAUUCGUUCGACCCAAUACAUUCGAUUUUUUUUCAAUUUAAAAUUGCUGAUUGACAAAAGUGUAUAAAUAUGAUUGGAAAUCUAACACUGAUUCUACAAGUUCUAGGGAUGGUAACUACUGAAAUUCCUGUGCCCAAAUUGGGAAGAUAUAUCAAUGACUUUGGAAAUAUUUUUUGACUGGUGGAAGAAUUAAGGCUAUUUUACUAUUUCAGUAAAUAAAUUUGAUCCCGUCAUAGUUAUCUUCUUAAAUGGUGAUUUGUUUUUAAAACGAACUGGCUACAAUACCAUUUUCUGGUCAGAUAUGGAAUGUCAGAUAUAUAUCCUAUCCAAUGGUAGUAAACAUUCAACCCUCUAAUUUCACGCUUAUUUUACCACACGAGUCUAUGGAGAAAUUUUUGCGCGCGUGGCACCUUGAUAUCAAAAGGAAAUGCGAGCUCAAACAAAGGCAAACGUUAAGCAAACUGCAAAUACGGUUUUCUUCAGUUGGAUAAAAACCUUGCUCCUACUUUCUACUUGUCUAGCAUUCGCCUUUGGAUUCAACAAUAACAGGCGCCCGCCAUUGUUGGCUAAGAAAUAGGUUUUGUUCUCAAUUAAUGUAUUAAGUUGUGGAAUGGAAAAAAAACCCUCUUAUGCACAAUGCUAGCUUAAUUUUCUUAAGUGCAAUAAAGUACAGUACAGUAAAGUAUUUAAAAUAUUUCAACAGUCUUCUGUGUAAUGAUUUUGUGCGUGAUAGAAAAUAUUAUUUGAAGCAUGAAAAUAAGAUUUAUGAUCUUAUGUUUACAUAAUGUCUUUACAAAGUAUACAAAAACAUAUACGGCAAAGCUUUCACUGUAUGUAUAAUUUUUCACAUAUGAGCUUGCUUAUCUAAUGUAUAUAUUGACAAUUAAAUUUAACACGUUUCUUAUUAUUCUUAUGUAAAUACAUAUUCUAUUCUAUAUACAACAUUUAAUAAGCAAAAAUAAAUUUGUUUAGGAAAUGAAUUAGAUUUUUUUAACAAGUUUUCUCAAAUUCUACAAAAAAGUAGUAUGUUUACGCUUAUAUUAUGUCAAUAGUGAAAAAUGCGUGAUAAAGUGAGUAAUACAGAACAUCGAAAUAUACAGUAUAUGAUCUAAUAUUACAAAAGGAAUUCGGUGUGUACAUAAAAUCAUUAUUGGGUAAUAUUUUUACAAAGCGUCCUUAUAUAUAUUAAGAUUUUAUACAUGUACAUAUUAUAUUAAGACGUUAAAAAUAGAAAAACACCUUACUUGUUGUGACGUUUCGCUAAUUAUCAACAUGACCAACGCUCACUGCUUCAGUAUUUUAUCUAUGUUAUCUAUAAUGUAUUAUUUAUCGAAUUAUCGAUGUUCAUUAACAAUUUUUACUGGUUCAGUGAUUUGUCUAUCGUAUGAUUAUUCGUCGAAUUAACAGUGUUUACUCCUUCAGUAAUUUGUCUAUAAUUUAUGUGAUCUUUAUAUCGCAUUAUUAUUCGUCGAAUUAAAAAUGUUCACUGCUUCAUUGAUUUGUCUAUAUAUAUGAUCUUUAUAUCGUAUUAUUAUUCGUCGAAUUAGUACUGCUUCAGUAGUUUGUCUAUAUAUGAUCUUUAUAUUAUUCGUCGAAUAAAAAAUGUUUACUGCUUCAGUGAUUUGUCUAUAUAUGAUCUUUAUAUCGAAUUAUUAUUCGUCGAAUUAACAAAGUUCAUUGCUUCAGUGACUUGUCAAUAUAAUGAUCUAUAUAUCGCAUUAUUAUUAUUAGUCGAAUUAACGAAUGUUUACUGCUUCAGUAAUUUGUUUAUAUGAUCUUUAUAUCGUAUUAUUCGUGGAAUUAACAAUGUUUACCGCUUCAAUAAUUAGUCUAUACUUAUAUCGUAUUGUUAUUGGUCACAUUAACAAUGUUCACUGCUUCAGUGAUUUGUCUAUAUAUUAUGAUCUUUAUAUCGUAUUAUUCGUCAAAUUAACAAUUCUUAUUGCUUCAGUGAUUUCUUUAUAUCGUAUCAUUAUUUGUCGAAUUAACAAUGUACUGCUUCAACAAUUUGUCUAUAUAUGAUUUUUAUAUCCAUGAUAUCGUAGUAUUAUUCGUAGAAUCACCUGUUGAUUACUUCAGUGAUUUGUCUUUAUAUGACCUUUAUAUCGUAUUAUUAUUCGUCGAAUUAUCAUUUGUCUAUAUUAUAAACUUUAUAUCGUAUUUUCAUUCAUCGAGUUGUCAGAUCUGAUAACUUGUCAAACGAAAAGGAUGAUGAAAUGCUCCCCUGAUUUCUCAUCCAUUAAGUCAUGGACAUGGAGUAUUCUCAUUUCGGAAAAUUAGCCUUACUGCGCAUGAAUAAGGGGAAGAGCGCAGCGCUAAGGGAGGAGAGAAGAUCUCUUCCUGAGCGCUGCGCAUCCGUUGUGAAAUCUUUGGCUCCCUGUUUUCAGGUCCAUGCUGUGUUCAAUUCUUUAAAGCAUACUGGACGUUCUUAGCAUUUUUGUAACCAGAAACAGGAUGAGUACCUUAAGGCCUGGUCACACCGCCCGAGCGUUAUUGGAGCGGUCGUGGAGCGGUAG